AUGAGAAGGACAGCCGACAGAUGGACACUAAGGACUUUGGAAUCUCGCGAAGCAAAAUGUCCUCGAGGGAAGGCCACCAGAUGGGCUGACCUGUUCGUUGCUUCGUAUCAGCUGAAUUCUCAGUUGAUGACGAGUAACGGAUCUGGACCUCUCACGUCGCCGCCGCAGUUUAAUACCAAUAUGACGUUAGCGAGGGACGAAAACGGAUGGAAAUAA